GUCCUUCCCCCUCUCCUUUAAAAGUAUAAAGCUCCACAGGUAGAGGAAGAGAGGAUCACUGAUACUUGAACAGUGGAAAUUACACAACACACACUCACAGCACGGAUUGUCCGGGAGCAUCAUUCUUUUGCAUCAUAUCGUGGCUAGCGCUCAGUGUCUCCAUGUCGUCACCGUGCCUCAGCAGCGUCCUGACUCAUGCCAACUUCACCAUGUAUGAGACUGGCAUCCCUGAUGUCCUGUCACAGCAGCCCAGUGUGUUGCCCAGCAUUAACACUCUGCAGAUCAGCAAUCCAGCAUACAGCUCCAACAUCAACAGUCAGUGGUACCGGCAGGUUAGCCCUCACUGCUGGACAGCAGACAAUGUUCUGGAGUGGAUCAGUGACCAUGUAGAGAGCACAAAGUUUGAUGCAAGUACCCUCAGUCUGGCCUACUGCACCAUGGAUGGACACACCUUCUGCCAGAUGAACCUGGAACAGAUGAUUGGUAUCUUUGGCCCGCAGCUUGGCCCACACCUCCAUGAGAGUCUGCAGGAACACAAAACAAAAUAUGAGCUGCAGAGCUUGUCAGGAUCAGAGCUAAAUGAGACCUGCCAGCUCCUGGACAACUUCCUAGACAACCUAAACUUUCCUUUGCUCAGCACCAUUAGAAUUGGCCAAGCUGAAGUAGCAGUCAGCAAGAGAGAGUUUGACCAUAGGGAUGAUUAUGACCUGCCCAGUCUGACCAUGGAGCCCAUGACACCACUUAGAGACACUGAGUACCUGUCUGAUAAUCAGUCUGACAGCGAGUACAGCUCCUCCUCAAACAGUGGCAUGUUCUUCUCAAACCUUGGCUCACCAGAGUCAGGUAGUGGUGAAUCAGACCCUGAGUUCUCCUACCCUCUGAUUUCAAAGGGGCACAUCAAAACUGAGAAGGAAGAGUCUCGACUGAAGCGACCUCGGGGGCGACCUCCUAAAAUCAGCAGAGAGCGUAACAGCAGCAUUUAUGACUGUCCAAAGAAAAACAAACAUGCGCCUCGUGGUACUCACCUAUGGGAAUUCAUCAGGGACAUUCUGAUCCACCCUGAGAGGAACCAAGGUCUGAUGAAGUGGGAGGACCGCAGAGAGGGUGUCUUUAAGUUCCUUAAGUCUGAGGCUGUGGCUCAGAUGUGGGGCCAGAAGAAAAAGAACAGCAGCAUGACAUAUGAGAAACUUAGUCGUGCCAUGAGGUAUUACUAUAAGAGGGAGAUCCUGGAGCGAGUCGACGGUCGGAGGCUUGUAUAUAAAUUUGGAAAGAACUCUAGCGGCUGGAAGAUUGAAGAGAUUGGCAUGGGUAUGUGAGACGUUAGUCACAAAACAGUCUGAGUAAGAGUUAAGGAACCAGAAAUUACCUGUGUGGCCUGUCUGAAAAUAAACCUUGCUGCCCCAGAUAUUUAAGACACUAACUUCCUCUUAGAAGGAAGGUGUUACAGAAAAUGUAAGCCAGUGUUUUUGGCUCUAGUAGGUUUUAUGAACCAAUAUUAUAAUUGUACCUGUUUUGUGUUUUUGAUUACCGAACAUUACUAUGUGUGCAGUAACUAAAAGACACUGACAUUGUUCUGGAUGGUUGUGAGUUUCUAUAAGCAUUUAAAGGCUGAAGGCUGAAAAAGUAAACUUUUUACAGUUGGACAGAAUUCAAUCUGGUCACAUCUGUCACUAUGGAUUUUGUUUUAGUAUAGGGGCAUUAAUGACUGUAUUGUGGUGGUGGAAAUAUUAUUGUCUUUUUUUCCUUCUAACUUUUAUAUUAUUCUCUUGUUAUUCUAAAAAGGUGUAACUUUAAUUCUUAGCUUUCCAUGUAAAUAUAGAAUCUGUUGUAGAUUUAAAUGUAGAACCAAGUUUGGAAACUCAAUGUGAAGGAUAGACAGAACACAGCAAAAAAAAAAAAAAAAAAAAAAAAAAAUGUAGGUGAUGUUACUUCACAUUAAUGCAGUAACUAUAUGCACUACAUGUCUAUUGGUAUCACUUAUUAUAAAGUGUGUUAAAAAAUGUUUGAGUAAAAGUAGUUGAAGAGUAACUAUAUAAUGUUUUAUGUAUGAUUAUAUACCAUAAAACCAUUUUGUAUUUGUUAUUUGUAAUUGUUUUAAUGUCAUUAAUCCACUAUCAUCCACUUUGGACUGUAUAUCUAUGUGCAUUAACUCUCAUAUCAUUUAUGGUAUCCCUUAAUGCAUAUUGUUUUUGUAGAAAUAAGUUUUGACAUGUGGGAUUGAUUUUUAAAGCUGUACUCUAGUAUCUUAUUGGUAUAUCUCUAACCAUUGUGAAGGAUGUUAAAAUGCAGUGUAAUUAUGAGUGUUAAAGUCACAGCUAUAGAAAUAUCACCCACCCCUUGUCUUUGAUCAGCUGUUCUAAUAAAGGCAUAAAAUGCCCCACUCUCCCACUGGGCUACUAUCUAUUCCCCUA